GUUUUGUCCGUAAAAAGCUUGCCUUCCAUUGUGAAACUGAAGCGGGGUGUUUUUUUCCCUUAUGGGUGUGAUGGAAUGGUAGUUGAAAAUGAUCGGAGAUUUUUGCCAUUUAAAAUUUUGUUGAAAUGUUACGCAAAUAUAUUUUGAGAUGGAAAAAAAAAUUCCGGAGUGAGUUUUUUUCUUCCCCAAUAAAAUCUCAUUCAGAUAUUACUAUAUUGACAGAGAUGUAAGAGCCAAGAAACGGGGACGACUAUGGGGCUCUCGGAACCAACUCCUCUGUCCCCAAAUCCAUAUGACUUUAGCGGCAAAUCUAGAAAACCUAGUUCGUGUAAGUGCUAGGAUUCAUGGACCAAAUAAAUACAAUAAGCCUUUGCUGAGUUAAGAUAGUUGCAAGCAAUUGUUUGGGUUUUCAUAUGCUUCGAUUGGGGACUUGAAUAAAUGCUGUACUUGAUAUAGUACCAUAUGAGAGAUUUGAGUUUUGCCACCAGUGGCGCCUAUAAGAGAGGUUAUAAUGUAAUGGCUGAAGAAGAGGAAAGAGCAGAAUGGCAGCAUACAGCAAACCGUGACUACUUUUCCCAAGAAGAUGCAAGGAGAGCUCCAAAAAUUUCUCACUCCCCAUCAUCAUCAUCCUCAAAAUCAGAGUCUGAUGUUGCCCCUGAUAAUGCUGGACGUGGACUUGAUCAUCCCUCCCCAAUUGACAAGCCAUAUUCUGAUCCACCAAUCACCAUGAAAUGGUGGUUGAACCCGCAACCAAACCUUGGGCGCCACAAAGAUUUUACAUAUGAACAGCUAAAUGUCUUGGAGGCUGAUCUUGAAGUUUUGAGUUCUGACUUUGUUAAUAAAACUCCAAAGAUUAGUGACAGUGACCAAAUGAAGAAAGAAUUUUGUUAUCAGUUUGUUAUAAAGAAUAAUGAUUCUUCUUCCGUGGAGAAACCUUGGCAGGUUACUGCCACUUGUGUAAAAAAUGAAAAUGAUCCUGGAAAACCUGAACUCAAGGCUGUAACUGGUUAUCAGUUGCAAAGAAAUACUAACAAAAAGGACUUGGGAGAGUUCUGGUACUUGGAAGAUAAAUUCAUGGGCUUGGAUUCUUUCAACUGCUUGGUCCCUGAACAAGCCAUGAAGCUUUCAUCUGAUCUUGGAUCUGAUUGGGUCGGAUCUGAGAAGACUGAACCCUGGUGGCGCUCUGCUGGUCAAGAUGAGUUGGCUUCCUUAGUUGCUCAGAAGUCACUUGAAAAUAUUGAGAAUUGUGAUCUUCCACGACCCCAGGCCAAGCAUUUUAGGAAAGGUCCAUCUGCACGUACAGAGUGUUUCGACCAUGAUGGGGUUUCAGCUUCAUCAAAUCAAAUGGUUGAUACGGAUUUCUCCAAUCUGGAGAAGUAUAACUGUGAAAGCCUCACUACAGAUCUCUCACUGCAGAAUUUAGACCAGGCUUUCAGCCACAGUACUGGUAAUAGUACAACCAAGGAUGAGAUAGACAAUGAUCCUAGCAAGAUUGAGUUGUUGGAGGCACUAUGUCAUUCUCAAACUCGAGCAAGGGAAGCUGAGGAAGCUGCACAGCAAGCCUAUGCUGAUAAGGAGCAUAUUAUCAUGCUCUUUUUUAGACAGGCGUCACAACUCUUUGCUUAUAAGCAGUGGUUCCAUCUACUGCAGAUUGAGAAUCUAUGCCUCCAGCUUAAGAACAAAAACCAACCAAUUUCCAGCCUCUUUCCAGAUGUCUUACCCUGGGUUCCACACAAAGGCAGGCAAGUGAGGAAGGCCCGACACAAGGCUGGGAAGCGAAAGCGAAGUAAACAGAGAAGUGAAAUUAGAAAAUGUGCGGUUGCUUUUGCUGUGGGAUUGGGUCUUGCCAGUGCUGGUUUGCUUCUUGGUUGGACCAUGGGGUGGCUGUUUCCACGUCUUUAAAUUGUUCUUUGUUUAUGGCUGUGAAUGAGACUCUUGUGCAGUUAGGUAACAUGCUUGAUUGGAUUGGAAUCUGCUUUCCAUUUUGAUCAUUGGAUUGCAUGGUGAGGCAUGUUUCAAAUUGGUAACGUUUUCUCAACUUCUGUAAGUAUGCAUGACGUGUUUAGAGUUGUUUAUUAUGUAUAGAUUAAAGUACAUAAUUUGUACACUAUACCUGACCAAGAUGUACAUAUAUGUUAUUAAGUAAAACAUAUUGAUAUAGAUUUUCUGCCUUUUAAAAAGAAA